AUGUCGGUUUCAAAGGAGGAGCAACCUAAGGCCGACGUGAACCUCACUAACCACGAGGAGCCUCCAAAUUUCUAUCCCAUAGGCCCAAAACUCAUCCUCAUCACUAUCAGUUUAAUGUUGGCCGUCUUCUGUCUCGAUCUUGACAAUACGCCGUUGCUAUUCCUCGCAUCACAGCUGAGUUUCACGCGCUCGAUGACGUUGGUUGGUACGCGUCGUCAUAUCUGUUGA